AUGAACGUGGGCGUGAACUACAUGGCACUUGAUGAAGAGCGUCGGCGACAGGAGCACCUGCUUCGGGAACUUCGUGACAUCGAAGAGGAGAUCUCUUCGCCGUCCCUAAGCAACACCAAACUGCCCCAUUUGGCCUCAAUUGUUGGGACCGAGCUGAAACACAACACCAAGUGCCUUCAGUACUUGACGGGGAUAUCAGAACUGGAGCGAAGCAUCGGGGAAGUGGCGGCUCAUUUUGCCGAGAGGUCUGUUGAACUGAGCAACCCGAAUUCCCUGCACAAAGACGUGAUCACGUACAAGACGCUUACCGACAACGUGAAGAGCUGUUGGAACUACGUAGAUCAACUUUCAACUCUGGCCCAAAUCCAUCUGAGGGCGUCCGCCGAGUACCACCAAUUCUUCCACGAGGCUAACGAGAUUGAGGCAAAGUUGGCGAAACAACUCACCAUCGCCCAGAAGAUGCAGCAGUCAGCAGCUGCUCGACGAUCGCACAAGGAGGCCACCAAAGUGUCCAAUGAAAUUCGGGAACAACUAGAUAUGAUGCGGAGUCUGUGGAAGCGCAGUAUGGACCUGGUGAAGAGGAGCGAGAGCAUUGUGCCGAUACGACUGCGUUUAGGUGGCGUUGCCAGGGGCAGCGCGAUCGGCGACCCCAACAAUCGACCGGUGAUGGUGCGAGCUAUGGUCGGCCUCACUGGACCUGAUUACAGAAUCCAGAAGGGAGAACACCUGCGUCUGAUCGACAACAGACAAGAGACCCACUUGUGGCGUGUCCAGACGUCGUCCGGAGUAGUCGAAGUUCCCUCCAUUUGUUUCUGGCUCACAGACUGCGACACGGAGGCGACUGAGCGGGCAAUUAGCAUCAAGCAGCAGUGCAAGAAGACGUGGUUAGACAUCAUCAACUUGAUACGUCUGCGACUCUACUCGGUGUACACCGAUUUACUGGACCAGUUCAAUUCUCAAAGCCAAAUUGUUAUUUUAAACCGAGAAUUGAAUUGCCUUAAGGUCUACUGCUUCGAUGAGGAUGCGCUGAGAGCAUUCUUCCGUGAACUCCAACAAUACCUAAUUUCAACCGUGGGCCAAGAUGGUCGUCUCAAAGAUGCACUGGAAAUCUUCCAGAAGCGGGUGGUCAUCUCCAAAAUGAGAAACACGUUUUCACGAAUUUCUUCCUCACCAAUAGGAUUAGAGAGGCUCCAAUCGGAGGAUAUAAACCUCAGGGAAUCGGACAUUAUGCGCAUUCGAGCGCCACUGCUACGCCUCCAGGACCACCUCGUGGCUGCGGAUCAGAUGCAAGAAGACAUGAAGCGGAUCAACGAUCGCAUUACCGAAUAUCUGUCCGAAGUUGACAAUGAUCGUCGGCGAAUUGCCAAGACAUUGGACCACUUAACGCAAAUGACAAAACGCAGUGAGCAUCAGUUGAAGGCCAUGGUGGAUGAUAUGAAUCAGUGGAAAUUUGCUUCUGAAAACGGUCUUGACGCACACUCGAGUCGGCGCAUCAAAGUGGAGCCACUGCGUUUUCCGGAACAGGAUCGUCCUCGUAGCAGGAGCCAGCCCAGAAUGUCUGCCAUCCAAUCUACCUCAGAUUCCACCGCCUCUGACUCUGAGACAAUCAAUAUGCGGGCUCGAAAUAGGGCUGGCCGAGGCAAAGGUUACACCCUCCGCCUGGACGCCGUGGUACAACUGAACAACAGGAGUAAGAGCGUUGAAACUCAAAACCAAGACGGGUAUUACGGUGUGAGCGGGCGUCACCCCACGUCGCAUCGACACAAGUCCAUCCAACUUGGUCCGAUGGCAACGCAAAAACGCACUGUCAUGACCCAAAUUGGCUUCAGCUACACCGACGGUGGGGUGCAGGCGGACCCACAGACUCUGGAUUUGUACAACAUAGAAGUCAAUGGCACAAAACCACUGGCACGCACGCGGAGCCUGGCUUCGAGCUCAGAUGACGACGAUGGUCAUGAGUACAUUCCAGAAUUACCGGCGGCGAUUCCUCUACAGGCUGCACCUAAGAGUAGGGCAAGGCGAAAAUACACCUCGACAACACAGGCCGGUCAGCUGUCGAAGAAAAAGUCCGCCUCAAUGAGUAACUUAGUUAACAGUUGCACGCAACUAGGAACUUUGAAGUACAAUAAGGCCACUAGUCCGAUUCCAGGUCUAGAGCCACCAGAAUGUCAGUAUUGUCGUCCGCGAAAUCUCCUAACGUCCCAAACGCAAAUUGGUCCACUCUAUAGCCUAUCCGAGAGGUAUCAAUACGCUCCCCACUUGGAUGUUGCCUCAGAGCAAGAUGCUUCAAAGAAUCGUAUUUGUAAGAGGGUACAAUGCGGCUACCCGUGCCUAACGGAUCGUGUCAACCUGGCGUGUCAGUGUGACGUGCUUGGACCUACAACCGGGGACGUACAAGUGGCGAUCGGCCCUAAACUUGUGAACCAGCUCUACCAGACUCCAAUGAAACCGCCUAGGCAGAAACGGAUGAACAGUUAUGCUCAAAUUGGAACCCUCUACUCAAAUUCACAGCAGCAAGUCGGUGAGGCAGAACGUUAUCUGUCGUCAGCCUCAACGCAAAUCGGAUACGUCAACGCGGAACCGGUGAGCAGUUCAAUUGCUGGAGAGCCCGUUCCACCGGGAAGAAGCCGAGUGGUAGCCCAAUAUGAGAGUAGAAGUAUGCACGAUCUAAGCUCCUCUUCGGCCAUGAUUGACAGCAGACCGCUUCCAAACGAUCAAUACAUCGCUGGUGUGUCGAUGCGACCUCGUGCGGAGAACUCGGCAACCCAGAUCGGAACGAUCGUGUCUAAAACAUCUGUGCAGACGGAUAGCCACACUGACGACAGCGUAGUCUCGAAACGCAUUCAAACUGGUUACCCACAAUUGUACGGAAAGUCAGAAUCCUACACGCAGAUUGGGAGUCUCUAUAGACAAGCUGAUAUCAAUGUCGAGCCUGCUAUCGCGCCGAUAGUUGCAACUCAGCCUCCACUGCAGAGCGCACCCCCGGCAGCUGGAAUAAGGUACGACGACGCGACCCAGGUCUCACAGAUUCUGGCACACGACGAGGUACAGACUCGCGACCUCCCAGAGUUCCAUACUCGUCGACAAAGCAUGCAGGUACAGUCUAAGUACAAGCGGAAACCCAAACGAUCCUCGUCGAUGCCAUCGUUUUACCAGUCGACUGAAACCCAGGUUGGUCCAAUGGUCACCCAUGAGAGUCUCAGCCCCCUCGCCGACGACUACGAACCUGAGCCAAUCAGGCCGACAGAGGUCGUGCGUGUACGAUCCAUGCCCAAGACAACACGGAACAAGAGAGUCCAAUCACAGUGCUUGCCGACGAUUAGGAACGUGGAGAUGCAGGUUGGCCAGUUAUUCCAGACGAACGAAGUACAAACUGACAGAGCUGUCGACAGGUUUGAGGAUCAGGCAAUUGUGCCAACUUUGCUCUCAGUCCAGCAGAAGGCCGUUUCGAUGCCGGACGUGGGACUAGCUGAAACUCAGGCGUGCCCCGUUGUCCAUGGUAAGAAAGUGCAGGUCGCUAUCGCAAUGGACGAACACAUCCACGACAAGACACGCAACAAGAAAUUGCAAGUUAGCUUGGCUUCUCUUCGAGACAUGUACGAUGUGGAGGUGGAGACAUUGCCGAUUCUCCAGAAAGAACAUUUUGAUGUGAGCUGUGAUACCAUGAUUCUGCCGGAUAAUAUCUCCAAGAAAAUUCAGGUGUCGCUUCUCGAAGAGAAACCGCCGGCGAUUCAAAUGGUUGAGAAUCAGGCGCCACUGUAUGCGGCGAUGCCGACACGUUCCGUCAUGGAGCCUGCUGCAUCGGCCUAUUCACCUGAAACUCACGGCAAAAAGAUGCAAGUUGAUGUCCCCGCCGUCUUUUCAGCGCCUCCUUCUGUCGUGGACACUGGCUGUGAUGCCAUAUACGCCAAGGACUACUUCGACGCCCAAUGCCAGUGCGAGCCCCUUAAACCAGCGACGUUUGGGAAAAAACUUCAAGUCGAAAUUGCGACGAAUUCGGUGCCUCGGCAAACAACCGACGUGGCUUGCGAUCCGAUUGAGCCAGUCAAAACACUGGGAAAGAAAAUGCAGGUUGAAAUGGGCAUGCAGGCUGCCCCACUGGAAAAGGUCGUUAUCCAGACUGUUUCGAAGGAGGUGCAAGAUAAAAGCUGUGCAUUUGUCAAUGACACGCCGAUGUUCGAUGCUCACCAACAAACUGGUGAACUGGCUGAACCAGAACCUAUCCUCGUGGAAAAUGCCCCGGCUCCUGUAUUUGCGGCGCCACCGGAACCACAGAAGCCGGACGUGCGUGACAUCGCUUGCGAGGCCUUGAAAACAGAUCCUACCUACGAAGGUUUCACUCAAUCAGAAAAGGUGCCCACAUUUGGAAAGAAACUGCAAGUAGCCGUCGAAUUGCAACAACCUGUACCGACAAGUUAUGUAGUUGCUGCAUCGCAAGCGAUCUGCCAGGAGCCUUUAAUAAGUUUGCAGCAGCCGCGGACCGCAUUGCAAGUGUUCUCAGCACCGCCACAGGAAGCCGAAAAAGGUUCUGUUGAUACGGCGUGUGAAGCGUUAGAGAAUGCCGCCCUUUACGAUGCAAGUGUACAAGCAGCUGAAUUAGGCGUAAAUAAACCCGCAGUAGUGGGAAAGAAAUUGCAGGUCUCGCCACCUCUCCUUACAACAACAACAGUUCAGACGGAGAAUGUUCUAGACACAAAGCUGAUGCUGACGUAUGUGGGCGUCCAAACAGCAGACAUGCCUGCACCCGUCCCACAAGUUGUCCACCUUGAAGAAGCACCAAAGGUGUUUUCUGCACCUCCACCACAACCGCAGAUUCCGACUGAAGAUAGAGCUUGCGAAGCCAUUGUUAGCACUGCUGCAUUUGACGCUGGAGUCCAAGUUGCAGAGAUGCAACAAACGAAACCCGUGACAUUUGGAAAGAAACUGCAGGUUGCACCGUCUCCCUAUGCUAAAUUGCAAGUAAUUCCAUCUCCCUAUGCUGUGAGUGUCACUCAAACAACUACUGAACUUCCAGUUCCGCAACCUGUUCGCGUUGAGGAAGCACCGAAGGUGUUUGCUGCACCUCCACCGCAACCGCAGAUACCAACGGAAGACAGAGCAUGCGAAGCCAUUGUUGACACAGCUGCUUUUGACGCCGGGGUGCAGGCUGCGGAAGUGCAACAACCGAAACCAGUGGUGUUAGGAAAGAAACUCCAGGUGACACCGUCACCCUACGUUACCACUAUUUCUCAAACAACAGUUGAAUACCCAGUUCCACAACCUGUGCGCGUUGAGGAAGCACCAAAGGUGUUCGCCGCACCUCCACCGCAACCGCAGAUUCCGACUGAAGACAGGGCAUGCGAUGCGAUUGCAACCACGGCAGCAUUUGAUGCUGGAGUGCAGGCAGCAGAGGUGCAGCCACCAAAGCCAACUGUACUAGGAAAGAAACUGCAGGUUGCACUGUCUCCCUACGCUGUGAGUGUUACUCAAACAACCGGUGAUUUACCAGUUCGCGUUGCCGCGCCUCCACAACAACCGCAGAUUCCAACUGAAGAAAAAGCUUGCGAAGCCAUGGCAAGCACUGCUACAUUUGACGCUGGGGUGCAAGCCGCGGAGGUGCAAAAAGCGAAACCGGUAACAUUUGGAAAGAAACUGCAGGUUGCACCGUCUCCCUAUGCUGUGAGUGUUACUCAAACAACUGCUGAUAUUCCAGCUCCACAAACUGUACGCGUUGAGGAAGCACCGAAGGUGUUUGCUGCACCUCCACCUCAACCGCAGAUUCCAACAGAAGACAGAGCAUGCGAUGCCAUUGUUAGCACUGCUGCAUUUGACGCUGGAAUACAAGCUGCUGAAAUGCAACCGGCAAAGCCAGUAUCACUAGGAAAGAAACUGCAGGUAACACCGUCACCAUAUGCCGUGAGUGUCACUCAAACAACAGCUGAAUAUUCAGCUUCAAAAAUGGCUCCUGUGUUAGCACCUGUUCUUACAACAACCACCGUUCAGACGGAGCUCGUUCAGGAAAGAAAGCUGCAGAUGACGUAUGUUGGCAUUCAAACGGCCGACAUUUUGCCUCAACCUGCACCUCAAGUUGUCCGCGUUGAGGAGGCACCGAAGGUGUUUGCUGCACCUCCACCACAACCGCAGAUUCCAACUGAAGACAGAGCAUGCGAAGCCAUUGUUAGCACUGCCGCAUUUGACGCUGGAACACAAGCCGCUGAGAUGCAACCGUCAAAGCCAGUAUCACUAGGAAAGAAACUGCAGGUAACACCGUCACCAUAUGCCGUGAGUGUCGCUCAAACAACAGCUGAAUAUUCAGCUCCAAAAAUGGCUUCUGUGUUAGCACCUGUUCUUACAACAACCACCGUUCAGACGGAGCUCAUUCAGGAAAGAAUGCUGCAGAUGACGUAUGUUGGCAUUCAAACGGCCGACAUUUUGCCUCAGCCUGCACCUCAAGUUGUCCGCGUUGAGGAGGCACCGAAGGUGUUUGCUGCACCUCCACCACAACCGCAGAUUCCAACU